CGCCAGAAAGGAGUCCAAAUGUUUAUAUAACAUCAGUUUUCGGUGGACAAAUAGUUAUCAGACGACCCGGAGAGAAACUCAACGCACCUCUUCAUAUACACACCUUUUUCCCUUUCUUCCCAUAUCUUCCCUAUUUUCUCCCUCUUUCAUUUUGAUCGACCCACUCCUCAGUCAUGGCCGAGGUUGAGCUGAAAACUGCACCUGCUGAUUUUCGAUUCCCCACAACAAAUCAAACCAGGCACUGUUUCACGCGAUACAUUGAGUUUCAUAGGUGCUUGGCAGCAAAGGGUGAAGAGUCUGCUGAAUGUGAAAGAUUUUCCAAAUAUUACCGUUCGCUUUGCCCAGGCGAAUGGGUUGAGAAGUGGAACGAGCAGAGGGAGAGUGGGACUUUCCCCGGUCCGCUUUGAUUUAACAUCAGCAACUUGGAAUGUUCCUUCUUUCGCAUGAAAAAUUGGUUCACUUUUUCUGUUUUAAGUCAUAUGAGUAGCAUGAUUUUCAGUUGGAUCAUUGCGAAUCAAUAAGUAAUCAUUCAAAUUUAUUUGGGUUUAUUGAAACUGCAUUUGUGAAGGACUUGAAGUAAACCUGAAAUGUCAUUCAUCUUUAAUAUUUGGUUAUUUUCAGCAGCGCUUCCUCAGU